UUGUUAUGGUACUAUAUGAAACUUACUGGGGGAGACGGGUCGUUCACCCAGAAGAAAUCGAAGAAGAACAUCGAGACGUACAAGAUCUACAUCUUCAAGGUUUUGAAGCAAGUUCAUCCAGAUAUCGGAAUCUCUGGGAAAGCGAUGGGAAUCAUGAACAGUUUCAUCAACGACAUCUUCGAGAAACUCGCUCAGGAAUCAUCGCGAUUGGCUAGGUACAACAAGAAGCCGACGAUCACUUCUCGGGAAAUUCAGACGGCGGUGAGGCUUGUGUUGCCUGGAGAACUCUCGAAACACGCUGUUUCUGAAGGCACUAAGGCGGUUACAAAAUUCACCUCUUAGGGUUUAUAUCUCUUAAUUCUCGUUCGAAUUGGUUUAGUUUUAUCUCUUUCUUCUAGAAUUGUGGUGGUAAAUCUGUGAUUAGUGAGAUCUUUGAAUGAAUAGGUUUCUUCAUAAGAAUUGGGAAUUUGAACAGAUUCAGAAAUAAAUAAGCCUCAAUUGCUCAAUUUUCUUUGAAAUAUCUCUGGAAGAAUGUGAUUCGUUGACUGCUAAACAAUCGUAGUUGAAAUUUCGAUCUUUUUUUGUUCUGUACACAUUUGUAUGUUAAAAGGAAUAUAAUUUAAUAUUGAGAUA